AUGCGAGAGACAGGGACGCUGUACUGCAAUGCUACAUUUGACACGUAUCUCUGCUGGCCUCCCACGCCGGCGGGAGAGGUCGUCUCUCAGAACUGCCCUCCUGCCCGCCUCAGCGACACAUCACGUCUUGCCUAUCGCCGUUGCGGAGACGACGGGCUCUGGCUGGGUCGGCGGCCGAAUGAAAGCAGCACUAUCGGUUGGACCAACUACACGCCCUGUUUUCCCCCCGAAGUGCAGACCCUGUUUGUAAAAGUUUACGAUGAUGAGAAGGAAGCUCAGUUGAAGUUCGAGAUUGCUCAGCGGACACGGUACAUGGAGAUUGCGGGCUUCAGCAUAUCGAUGAUAGCUUUGAUUAUAUCACUGAUUAUAUUUUCCUAUUAUAGAUCAUUACGGAAUAACCGAACCAGAAUUCACAAGAGCCUGUUCUGCGCAAUGGUUGUACAAGUGGUGAUCCGGUUGACUGUUUACAUCGAUCAAGCGUUCAUCAGGAGCCGGCUGGGUGACCACUCGACCUAUGACAAUGUAACACUGCGAGGAAUUGACAAUAUGCCCUAUCUUUGCGAAUCGUCUUACGUGCUCUUGGAGUACGCCAUAACCGUAAUGUUUAUGUGGAUGUUCAUUGAGGGGCUGUACUUGCAUAAUGUUGUGACAGCGAACGCUUUAAGGGAGCGCAUAUCUUAUUUGGUGUACUACGCUGUGGGUUGGGGACUGCCGUUCGUAGUAACCGUGAUAUGGGCCACUAUGACCGCACUUCACUAUAAGCGAGAAAGGUUUAAGACGUGUUGGUAUGGCUACAAUUUCAGCCCGCUGUACUGGAUCGUCCAAGGACCCCGGCUAGCUGUUAUAUUGGUGAGUAAACAUUUGUAA